CUUUGCAGCUAUGUCAUCUCGCCAAUUCCGCAAGGCGAACGGGCAAGCCAACUUGCCCCCGCCUCCGGAAGAUUCAGAUGAAGAUUACCAGCCUUUGUAUGCCCGUCGUCCAACCAGUUCUCAAUAUGCAGGGUUGGCGUUAAGCUCCCACUCUGAGUCCGACCGUAGCUCACGCAGCGAAGAGGAAUUGCAAGAUAGGGCACAAGCUCUGCCCGUCCAAAAGAAGAACAUCAAGAAAAAGGGAGGCGGCGGCGGCGGCGGUGGCGGCGCCAGCGGCAGUGGCGGCGGUGGCAGUGGCGGUGGCGGUGGCAAGAGGCGCGGUCGCAGGACACCGGGCGCUGUGGAUGAUGUUGACCGCUCCGUUCAAGAAGUGAACGCUAUGCUGGGCUCCUCAUCUGGCCCUCCGCCACCUCCGGCUGGAGAUGCCGCAGAGCCUAAGGUUAACCAUGCCUUGCAGGUGCUAACCGUCGAUGCUCGCCACUUGAAUGUCACCAAUGAGGUCAGGCGGCUGUUUGGGCCUGACGAGAGCGAGCUUAAUAAACGUGGCCGUAUACAUUCCAGUCGCGCCUUUAUGCUUCGUCGUGUUUUGGUUCACCCCAACAAAGACACUCAGAUUUAUGAGUUCAACAACAUUGGUCUAUCCAUGAGUAAAUAUAAGUGUAUAAACAAACGAAUGUACUUCGUUUUCAAUCAUAGUGAAACGUAUCAAAAGAUGCAUCGCGCUUAUCUCGCGAGAUAUUCACGUGCUGAAACAUCUGAACUUCUGAUGGGCCUACAAGAAGCUCGACGUAAUAUGCACGUUGAAGCCUUGUUGGAGAUAGCCGACCGUUUAUUCCGCAUGGAAGAAAAUGGUGUUGCGAACGAAAUCGUGGAGAACCUUGUACUGUUUCUCCAAUAUGUGGCUCACCCACUGUUUAUUCUCUCCAACAACAAUGUCCGUCUGGAUUAUAAGUAUAUGGAAAACAGGCCAUUCCAUGUGGCCAUGUUGAAGUACGUGUACUUGCUUUCCAACAAGGCAUGCCACCGCACUGCGCUAGAGAUAGCAAAAAUGAUGCUCCUGCUGGACCCUAAUGAUCCGUUGGCACUGUUAGCUUUGAUUGAUAUCCUUGCUCUGCGCGCGAGGGAGCAUGAAUGGCUGAUUGAAGCAAUCCGCUACUUCGAUCACCAGCGAGAGGCCAAGCUCUUGUUUAACAUCAAGUACUCCAAUGCCUUGGCUCAUUUCCACGUCGCCAUUAAGAGAAGGGGUGACUUUACGGAGGCAGAUAAGCUUAUGAAAGAGGCUAUCUUAGCUCACCCCCAGGUAUUCGUGCAUAUCAUGGCAUGCUGCGGUGUUUCCAACACUCCCAUUCUCAACCACGCUAUAUUCAAGCGUGAUUUGCAAAACCCAUGGACUCCAGGAGUGGAGGAACUGUUUCUGAUAUAUGCCAAGAUGACCGCUCCACGUUGGAAUGAACCGCCCGUAAUGGGUUGGAUCACAAAAAAUGCUGGGGAGCUCUGCAAGAGCUAUGAUGAAGAUACUAAUGUCCGGGAGACUGCUAACGAUUGGGCCGUUAGCCGCCAUGGCUUGUUCCAGGUGUGGCCUCCAGAAUAUCUGCGCCAUAUCUCGGUGCUUUCCUGCAUGUCCAAGCUUAUCAUUGACAUGCCGGUGAACUCGUUCUUCCGGCCCACCUGUGGCUGGGACCCUGUCUUCGACAAGUCGGUGAAUCGCUACGGCUACUCGUACAAGGUCGACCCGCCCCGCAACCUGGGCAUGGGCGGCUCACCUGUUUACAGCAGUGACAUACGUAACGACCAUUUCAUACUGUUGUCGCAAAUCGCCAUGCAUCCUGCUUGCUUCCCGUACAUCAAUUUCGUUCAUACUGAACCGUUCUACGUGCCUGCCGCCAGGUAUGCUGCUCCGGAUUACGCCUUCGUCCCACAUCACGAGUUCGUGAACCCGGCGUUCCUGCAGGAUUAUCCUCCUGAAUUUGCUCCUGAGUUUUUGCCUCAUGACGCAUACGAGCGCCCCAACGCUAACGACCGCGAUGCUCAGCGCGCCCAAGAUCCGAUGCAGCCGCAGGGCAUUCCACCAGCACAGCUGCAGCCACCCGUCCCAUACGUGGGAUUCGAUAUGCCGUACUUCGAGAUCCCAGGGCCGCUUCUCGAUGCGCCUCUCCCUGGGCCUCAGUUUUGGCUGCCUUUCGACGCACAGGAGGUUCCUCUUAUCGUGCCACGCAAUUUGCCACCAGAGGAGCUUACCAAUGAAACAAUUUUUGACGCCGAGACUGGCUAUAUAAACUACGAUUACGAUGACGACGAAGGAAACUUCGCUAACUACGACGGGGGUCUGACCACAGCAAUGGCUUCAGUGCGCCUCGAUGACAACAUCGGAGGCGGUUACUAUCAUAACGCUGUCUAA